UUUUGUACUGGAGCAAACUGGUCUUCUUUUCUCAUAUGCACCUGCUGCUUCUGUUGAGACAGUUGCAAACUUAAGGGCUUUGAUUCAUCCUCAACUGUGACUCGAGAGAACCAGUGUUAGGAAUCAGAAGAAAAUAAUGGGAAUCAUCAGAAACGUUUACGUUCUAUAUAGUAUUGAUCUGUCUCUGCUGUGUGGGGCUCUGCUACCGCCUGAAGCAAAUGAAUUAACUACCAACUGUUCUCAGGACUAUCUUAAAAAUAUUUUGAUGGAUAUGUCACCAAAAACUACCACAAUUGAUCUAUCCAACAAACUCACAUGUCAGCCUCAGAAGCUGGACCUUAGCCCUUUCUCUAAGCUCAAAGUUUUAAUUCUCUCUCAUAAUAGAAUCCAACACCUGGAUAUGAGCAUCUUCCAAUUCAACAAGGAAUUAGAAUACUUAGACUUCUCUUAUAAUCACCUAAGGAAUAUUUCUUGUUAUCCACUUCUGGCCCUCAAACAUUUAGAUCUUUCUUUUAAUGACUUCAACAAUAUUCCCAUCUGUCAGGAGUUUGGAACCAUGUCACAACUGGAAUUUUUAGGAUUGAGUGGGGCACAGAUACGAAAAUCAGAUUUACAGAAAGUGGCUCAUUUGCCCCUAAGCACUAUCUUCCUGGGCUUAAAGCAUCUUUCUUACUAUGAAGAAGGCAGCUUACCCCUCUUAAACACUGAAAAACUUCAUAUAGUCUUUCCAGAGAAUGCUGAUUAUAGGUUUCUUUUGCACGAUGGAAUCCACACUUCAAAAAUCUUGGAAAUGACAAAUAUCAAUAUGGAUCAAUUUACAAGCUAUGAAAGUCAGAAGAGUCCUCUUUUGGAGAGCCCAAAGGGCUCUAAAACUUCUCAUCUGUUACUCAGUAAUGUAGAUGGACCUUGGCAGGAGUUCUUCCAAACAUUGCAGUUUGUUUGGCACUCGUCAAUCCAACAAUUACAAAUACAAAAUUUGACCAUUGGUGCCCAAAGUAAAUUUAAACUCAAACAAUUUAAUUACUCUAAUACCUCGAUGAAAGCCCUAAAGGUGGAGCAUGUGACUCUUAAGAUAUAUUCCUUCCCGCAGAAUACAAUGUAUUUGUUCUUUACCCACAUGGACAUUGAAAACUUGACAAUAUCAGGUGCGGGGAUGCCACAUAUAAUUUUUCCUAAUUAUCCCACCAAAUUUCAGCAUUUGAAUUUUGCCAACAACACCUUGACAGAUGGAUUAUUUGCAAGCAGUCUUCAAUUGCCACAUUUGAAAACUUUUAUUUUGCAAAGGAAUAAAUUAGAAAUGCUUUCCAUAGUGAGUUCUUUUGCUAUCAAAACAUCCUUGGUACAUUUAGAUCUAAGCCAGAAUCUGCUUCAGCAUGCUGUUACAGAAGAUUGCUCCUGGCCAGAAACCCUCACUACCAUGAAUUUGUCAUCCAAUAGAUUUAUUGAUUCUGUUUUCGAAUGUAUACCAAAGAGCAUCCAAGUGCUUGAUCUGCAUAAUAAUGACAUUAGGACCAUCCCCAGAGAAAUUGCUGAUCUGAAAGCUUUACGGGAGCUAAAUAUUGCAUCCAAUUAUCUAACUGAUCUUCCUGGGUGUGGUAAUUUCCAAAGGCUUUCUGUGCUGAAUAUUGAAAUGAAUUCCAUUAUUAGCCCAUCUCUUGAUUUCUUUCAGACUUGUCAGGAAGUACAAUCAUUAAAAGCAGGAGGCAACCCAUUCAGAUGUGCCUGUGACUUAAGAAACUUCAUUGACCUAGAAAAAAAAUCCCAAGGCUUAAUGAUUGGAUGGCCAGAUGCAUAUACUUGUGAAUAUCCUCUAGAACUAAGGGGAAUUCCAUUAGAGAAUGUUGAUCUGCCAGAAUUAUCCUGUAAUACCCCGCUAUUGAUUGCUGUCAUUCUGAUAGUUGGCUUAAUUUGUACAGUUGCCGUAGCAGUGCUCUGCAUCCGCUUUGAUUUGCUCUGGUACCUGAGGAUGAUAGUUCAGUGGACACAGACCCGGCACAGAGUUAGGAAUGUGCCCCUGGAAGAACUCAAAAGAACCAUCCAAUUUCAUGCUUUUAUUUCAUACAGUGAAGGGGAUUCUCUCUGGGUAAAGAAUGAACUGAUACCCAACCUAGAGAAAGAAGAUAGGUCCUUAUUGAUUUGUCUCCAUGAGAGACACUUCAUUCCAGGCAAGAGUAUUGUUGAAAAUAUUAUAAACUGUGUUGAGAAAAGCUACAAAUCUAUCUUUGUUUUGUCCCCUAACUUUGUUCAGAGUGAAUGGUGCCAUUAUGAACUUUACUUUGCUCACCACAAGUUAUUCCAUGAAGGUUCUAAUAAUUUAAUUCUCAUAUUACUGGAACCAAUUCCCCAGUAUAGCAUUCCUACCAGGUAUCAUAAGCUAAAAUCUCUCAUGGCACAAAGAACCUAUUUGGAAUGGCCCAAGGAGAAGAAUAAACAUGGACUUUUCUGGGCUAAUCUUAGGGCUGCCAUUAACAUUAGUUUAUCAGAAUCUGGAAAGAUGGACAAACCACAGACAAUUUCAGAGUUACAUCAAGAGUCACAAACAUCCUCAUGAAAGAUAAAUAACGUGGAACUGAAUUUCAUUUUUAUGCAUUUCUCUUCAAUAAAUCACUGAGUAUUCAAUGAACAACUACUAUGCACUCAGCACUAAGUGGAUAUGAGCAUCUUCCAAUUCAACAAGGAAUUAGAAUACUUGGACUUAUCUUACACUUGCCGCAUAUACACAAAAGUAGUUUAUGAAUUUGCAAUGUAGCCCAGCAUUGUGGCACAUCUGUAAUCCCAGCUACCAGGGAAGCAGAGGCUGGCUGAUCUCUUGAGCUUGGGAAUUCUAAGCUGCAUGUGACUAUGCUGAUUGGGUACCCACACUAAGUUCUGCAUUAGAUAUAGGGGUUGGAGUUGGGGAGUGUGGGAGAACAAAUGAGACUAGGUUGGAAACAGAAAAGAUUGCAACUCCCAAGUUGAUCAUUAUUGGAAUCAGAUUUCUGUCUGCUGGGUGGUUGUCAGUGGCCACUUAACUUCCAGCUUGGGAGAUAUAGAGAGAUCUAGUCUUUGAAAUAAUAAUAAUGAGAAGAAAUCUGAUGAAUAAAAAUACAUGAAACAAUUAGAUGAUAAUUAAGUAUUAAAAUGCAUAAUAUGGACUCCAGAUUCUAUUGCAAUAGGACCACAGAGCUAGAACAGGAAGGGACCUCAGAAGCCAUCCAGCUAAAUCUCUUCUUUUUUAGGUGAGGAAAUUGAAGCCCAGAUAGAUUAAAUGACUUUAUCCAAAUACUUAUUGAAUGGAAGGAUCACCCUGGGCUGGAGUAGUGAAAGAAGGUUUCAUGAAGGUGAGGAGAGUUCAAUAGCAACAUUGAAAGAUGAACAAACAGGACUAUUAUAUCUUGGGCUGCUAUCUGAAAUUAACAAAGAAGGAAACUUGAUAUCUAAUAAAAAGAGACUAUAGGAUUUCUAUAAGUCACACUUUCCUGAAUAAUCAUGAUUACUUUUGUUAAUAAAUGAAUUAACAUGUCAAUGCAGUGGGAAUCUUGCUAACCCAUUGGGAUCUGCUGUUUCAUCUAAAUUCUAUGAUCCUUAUUAAAUUUUUUACAUUUUUAGCCCACAUUCCUUAGGAUUUUGUAAGUUAGCUACCCUUUAAGGUAGCUUAUUUACCUUUAGUACCCUUGAGGUACUAAAAAUACCUUCUACAAACUAAAAAGGAUGUUCCCAAGUUCUUGAAUUCUGAGAUAUGAUCAUCAUUAGCCAUGGCCCAUUAACAAAGCUCUGAACUCACAUUGACCAGGUUCAAUCUUGAUGAUGUCUCAAUCAUAACACUGGUUCACUUGGUCCUUACCCAAGGCAGCUCUGGGAACAUCUGAAUUUAGCUCAUGUCUAGCUCACACCCAGGAAUAUUUAGUUUCCCUGUAAACAAGUAAGGCAACAAAGGUAUUAACAUAUAAAGGUUUAUGAAAAGCCAAAGUAGAAGUGAGAAGAGAACAUACUGCAGGCAUGGAAGCCAGCCUGUAUAAAAGCGGAGACAGGAGAUAGGGUGUUGUGUAGUUAAGUAGAAGCUCUCUGGUGUCAGAGGACAGAGGUUCAAAUCAUGCCCCUUAUAUUCAUACUGUGUGAUUGUGUGUGGGUCAAUCAAUCUUGCUGGGUCUCAGUUCCCUCGUCUAUAAAAUGAGAUGAUUGGACUACAUGGGUGUCUGGGGUGCCCUUUAGCUCUAGUUCUAUAAUCCCAUCAGAAGUAAAGAACAGAGGAUGCAUUAACGUCCUGGUCCGGUUUGUAAGUGAACACUUUCCUAGGUAAGUGCGGUUUCCUUCUGCCUAGAGGGUCAUUCAGUCUCUGCAGAAUAAACUCAUAACACUGAUGAGUGAGAUUUAGGAGCAUGAGUGGAACUGGAGACCUCAUUAAAGGGCAGUAUUGGAGGAU